UUGAUAAAUUAUUGGUAGAGUGAAAUUGGAACUAUUUCUAUGGAGUUAGUUUCAAUGUUUGCUUCUUGCAGGCAAAAAUUGUUCCAAUAAUUUGGGAAAAUAGCCGAAAAUGAGUAGUAGCUCAGCACCAUGGAAGCAGCUUCUACUCAGCUCCAUCAACUCCAAUUCCCAUCUUAAGCAUUCAACCUACUUUCAGCUCGCAACUGUUGGAUCCAAUGGAAGACCCUCAAAUCGAACUGUCGUCUUCAGAGGGUUUCAAGAUGGUACUGAUAAGAUUCAAAUUAAUACUGACUCACGAAGCUGCAAGAUUGAAGAUCUUAAGCAUUGCCCAUUUGCAGAGGUGUGCUGGUAUUUCACUGAAACUUGGGAACAAUUCAGAAUUCAUGGAAGAGUCGAUAUGAUUGAUGCAUCAAACUCUGACCCCGAUAAACUUAAGCAAAGAGAGACAGCUUGGUUUGCUGGUUCUGUGAGAUCAAGGCUACAAUAUUUGGGGCCUACUCCAGGGCUUCCUUCUCUAGAUGAACAACAAUCACAUGAUUCAUUGGAUUCGUCUGCUGGUCCAGUCGAUGCAUUCUGCCUUCUACUUCUGGACCCUGAGCAGGUUGAUUAUCUGAACUUGAAGAGUAAUGAGAGGCUAGCAUUUACUACUGCACGAAGUGUCAAUGAUUUCACAGUUCCUGAUGAAAGAAAUCAGCUGAAUUUGAAGCACAUGCGUAAUAAGCAUACGUUCACACUUUACUUGCAUGACAUGUUUAUUAUACCCCGCCCCUCGUAUAAUCACUCACUAAGCAGGUGCGGAGGUAGGGAUGCAAGGGGUUCAUUUGAACACCAUUCGUGAGAAAAAAGUAUAGGUAUAUGUAAGACGAGGCAAAAUUUAUUUUUAAUGUACAUAUCGUAGAUGCUGAAUCUUAUUGCUUCUUUGUAUAUUUAAACAUUUCAUAUUUCUGUAUUGGCCAUAAUUGACAAAAACACUGUGUCUUAGAUGUGCAACAAGUUGAACAAGGAAGAAAAAGACAAAAAAAGAACUUCUACUAAGUUUUGUAUGUAAAGCUAGACAAAUAGAGCUGUAUAUAUGAUCAUGCAUUGAC